AUGUUCGCCAUACUCCUCCUCCUCCCACUGCUGGCUGCAUUGGUGUCCGCACAGCAAAACGUACUGGUCAAUGGCAACAGUCAGCUUCCGCAAUGCGCUCAACAAUGCCCGCUCCUCCAGCAGGCCAACCAGGCAUGCACAGCCACCGCGACUCCCCAGGCAGCAUGGGCCUGCUUCUGUCAAUCAGCCUACAUCCCCACCUUGAAGACCUCUGCCGUGGGCGUUUGCGAUUCCACCUGCACGGAUGCGACACAAAAUGCGCAGGUCUCGACGUGGUACAACAGCAAUUGCGGCUCUGACUUUGGCGCGAGUGAGCAUGCCGCGGAUACGGCCACUGCGGCCACCACCACGGCAGGUGCUCCGGCUGCCGCGGGCACGACCAGCUCGGGAUCUAGCAAUGCGGGCAAUGGCAAUAACAAUAACAACGAUGCGGGCUCUGCCAACCAGAACAGUGGAUCUGGCACGACGGAUUGGAAUCCGGAGGCUACCAAAGAGGGCGGAGAUUGGUGGAGCACUCACUAUCAAUGGAUCGUCAUGGUCAUCGUCUUGGCAAUCGGCCUUUCGCUCUUCGCCUGGCUCGCCGUCUGGCUCAAACGCCGCCAUGACCGCAAGCAGGACGCAAUCACCGGCGGCUUCAACGCCGGCAUCACGGAGAGAAGCGCGCCAGAUGGCGGGUAUGCAGAGAAGAAUGCUUCGGGAACCUUGACCGGCGCGAGUCCCGUGAUAGGGAGCGGGCGCAACUCCCCGGCGCGAACAAGAGAGGCUUUCAUGCCGUAUGGAUAUGGAUACGCGAAGAGUGAGAGCCGAUUGGGUUCGUCUCAAGGUGUUGUGGAUCAAAGGCCCACAAGUCCGUUGGCUGCUCCAGCCAUGUCGAACGUUGAAGAGAAUGGAUCGAUGGGACCUUGGCCAGCGGAGAAUUCGUCGAAGCCGCUCUCAAGAGCAGGAUAG